AAGGCAGCCAUCAAUCAGACGACGCAAGGCGUCAUGGUGGUGAGCCGCACUCAGAUUACCCUCGACGAGAAACUCGACGGUAUUGCCGAUGAUGUCGCUUCAACCAAAGCAACGCUGUCUGAAGUCGCAAAGCAAGACAAGCAGCCAUCCGAGCCUAGGUCGUACGCGAGCGUCACAGCAGCCAAAACCGGGUACCGGCCGGCACUUCACUCGAUGGCGGUCACUCUCGAAGGCAAUCAGGAGACUGCCGACGAGGUACUCGAGCGAGUGAAGAAGGCGGUCGAUGCCCGGGGUACUGGCCUAAAAAUAAACAAGGUACGUAAAGCAAAAAACCAAACCGUCAUCUUAGGGUGCGACACAAGAGAAGAGUUAAACAAGGUGAAACAAAGAAUUGAGAGUCAGGGUGAAGGUUUGAUUGUAUCAAAUAUGAAAAAUAAGAAUCCGCUCGUCAUUCUAAAGGAUGUCUUCCUGCCCAGCGACGACGAGGACAUAACCAGGGCGCUUCAUAUCCAGAAUGAGGAGAUAUUCAGAGAUCUCUCUCAAGAAGACAGGGAAACAACAAUUAAAUUUAAAAAACGGACAAGAAACCCUAAAACCGCGCACGUCAUUAUCCAGGUUGGUCCCGUGGUAUGGCGGAGGAUGACGGAGGCUGGAGCUCUCUAUCUGGACCUGCAAAGGGUCAGAGUGGAGGACCAGUCUCCGCUCAUCCAAUGCACGAAAUGCUUGGCAUUCGGGCACGGCCGGAAAUUUUGCACGGAAGGUGCGGACAGGUGCAGUCACUGCGGCGGCCCGCAUCUGCGUGAGAAAUGCGCAGAUUUUAUGGCAGGCAACGAACCGCGGUGCUGCAACUGCUCGCACUCUAGGCUGCAGAACACUGAGCACAAUGCCUUCAGUGCUGAUUGCCCCGUUCGCAAAAAAUGGGACUACCUGGCUCGUGCAACAACAAUGUACGUUUGACUCACCACACAUUACCAACACAAUCACACACACAAACCACAUUCAAUUACACAAACCGGGAGUACAAAAAACACUGGAACGCAAUAGUGGUAAAAACAGAGACAUGGAAACCGGACAAACAAAAAACAACUAAAACACGAUAUGAAAAUAUAUAGUGAAUAUAUACACACAUAUCAAAAACGCACAGAAACACCUAACACAUACCUCAACAAAGACAAAAAAAAAAGCUUCAAAAAAUAAUAACAGUCAAAGAAAAGUGAAUAAAUAUAUAUAAAAUGAGUUUAUAUAUAUAUUAUUAAUACAAAUAAACAGAGCAAGUAAACAUAAAAGUAAAAACAUGUGAGCAAACUACAAAAGAAUAUAUGACCAUAACCUUAGGGUUGCAUCCAAUUAUAGAUACGUAUGAAAAGUCAUAAGUACGUAAGGUAUUAACACACAAACACUACAAAAAUAUGAAUAAUUA